AUGGAUAAAGAUUGGCGAGACGAAGUAUCAAAAUCAUUUGGGCCUGCCUUUGCCUCAGAUGACGCGCUUUUGGCAGAAUGUGUUUCGAUGUGUCAGUUGUACAAUCUCAAGCCAGAAGACUUGUUCUUUAAAGUUGAAGCCUUCAACUAUCGCCCAUCGGCUACGCACUCUGGCAUCGCUCCGAUAACUUUGGAGACCUUGGGAGCCCUCAAGGCUCAGAUACAGAGGGAUAUGAUAACGGCCAGCACUAAGAGGGCUCAAACCAAGCCGAAACCAGGGAAUACUGCUAAAGUCGACCGAACAAGAUUUCCUCAAAACAUGGUGAGGAAUUUACCUCCCACACCAAUCAAGCAGGAGACUGGCGAGACAAGCGUUCCUGGUCCCAGCCAUCUUGUAUUUAGUGGCCCUUCAUACGACGCAGAAAAAAAGAAAAGCCGUGCAUACCACUAUAUGUACGAAAAGAUCUUGGAACGGAGUGAAGUUCUGGAUCAACUCAUAGAAGACUUCGCAGACCUUAUUCAAACCCAUUAUAACAUUCCCGAGUUUGCAGAUCCCUCGUCCGCAACCGAUGAAGAGGUCACCAUCAUCGGGAGGUUGACUCAAGAUUCUGAGUCGGCAUCGGCUAAAUUAACGGAGUCGACUCUGAUGAUCGAAUCGUCACGCGCGAUAUCAAAUGGCGCUCGCGUGCCCCUUCGUUUGGACCAUGCUCUACGAAUUCGCGGCUCCGUUCAGGGGGCAGGUGGCACAGGACUAUUUCCUGGAGCUAUCGUGGCUUUGAAGGGUAAAAACGGAGGCGGAGGCUACUUCUUGGCGACAGAGGUUCUUUCAAUACCACCCCUCAAAGCUUCGCCGGCCAGCUGCGGAGUAUUGGACCCCAAACAAGACCCAGAAAUGGGAAAUGACCCUGUAUCCAUAUGUGUUGUCUGUGGGCCGUACACCUCUGAUGCAGAUCUCAACUUCAAGCCGUGGCGUACAUUAUUGCCAACUCUGAAUGCGACGAAGCCCAACGUGCUCCUUCUAGUCGGCCCAUUUAUUGACUCUUCGCAUGCGAAAAUUAAAGCUGGCGACUCUGAUCUUUCUGCCGCGAAUAUUUUCAAGGGCCGUAUUGCUGAUUCCAUACGUGCCUUUCUUGUGGCGUCUCCUGAAAGUAUUGUGCUUGUUGUACCGAGUGUCCGCGAUCUCGUCAGCACUCACGCCGUGUUUCCACAACCCGAGCUAGACUGGGACCUCUUCCCUGCUGACCCCCGGAUCCACCUCCUUCCAAACCCUGCUCGGUUCAGUAUAAAUGACAUAUCGUUUGCUGUGAGCAGCGUCGAUGUUCUCUUCCAUCUGCGUACACAAGAAUAUAUUAAGAGGGGAGUGGAGGUUGAGGCUUUACCAGCAUUAGAAGGCGACGUGCCGUCGGACGCUAUGGCGAAUCUUUGUCGCCAUCUUCUCCAACAGAGGAGCUUCUACCCCCUCUUUCCUGUCCCUGCGGACUCUUCACACGAGGUGAACCUCGAUGUCACUCACUCAGAUGCGAUAAGCAUGAUUGACGAUGGUGAUCUCGACUACGCACCGGAUAUUCUCAUCUUGCCGAGUAGACUCAAGCAAUUUACCAAGACUGUCCAUACCACAGCAGCAAUCAACCCAUCUUUCUUGAGCAAAGGAUCAUACGCCACGAUUGACAUCGCGGGCCGCACAAGUAUGGGAAAAUUGAACGAGAGAUUAACGGUCAAAAUCGUCAAGCUGGAAAGCUGA